CACAAAGGAAAACGUUAAUGGUGGAUCUGAGCACUGUCAAUGUCAUCACCACCGAAGUAGAGUUGACUCCACUCAACAGAAACUGAAACUGGAAAGUUUGAGACUUUUAAGGUAAGCUCAUCUUGUAUUCAUUGUCUAUGUUUUGCAUUUUUUCAAAGGUUAAGUUUUUAGGGUUUUGCAAACUUGAAUUCUCGGAAAGACGAAAACUUGUAACUCCGAUUACUAUAGACUUUUUUCUGGGAAUCCGAUUUGGGGAAACUUGAAUGUUUACCCAAUUUGACUUCUUUGUAAGCUAAUAUGGUAUUGUCUUAGAUCAGAGCAAUGCACAUGUGAUGUUAUAUCUGAGAUCAUGGAAUUUAAAGAAGAAACUUUGUAUCAUGAGUAAUGUUGAUAUGUUUAGUGAUGAAAAGUUCUCAGAUGUCAGAAACAGAAUUUAAAGUGUUGCUUGAGACAUUCACAUUUCCUGCUGAUUCUGCUCCCUUCAAGAGUUGUCAUGCCUCUACCAUAGUUGAGGUUGUUAAAGAUCAUUUCUUGGCUGCGUAUUUCGGAGGCACCAGGGAAGGAGCACCUGAUGUCAAAAUCUGGUUGCAGCAUUUCAAGGAUGGUCAAUGGGAUUCACCGGUUAUUGUUGAUGAAGAGCCAGGAGUUCCAAUGUAUAACCCUGUCUUGUUCAAACUUCCAUCUCAUGAGCUCUUAUUGUUCUACAAAAUCGGCCAGGAGGUUCAAAAAUGGAGUGGUUGCAUGAAACGAUCAUAUGAUAAAGGUAUAACUUGGACUGAAAGAGAACAGCUUCCUCCUGGGAUUCUCGGUCCUAUCAAAAACAAGCCCAUUUUGCUUGAAGACGGUACUCUCCUUUGCGGAUCAUCUGUUGAGAGUUGGAAUUCUUGGGGAGCAUGGAUGGAGGUCACUUCAGAUGCGGGUAGAACAUGGAGAAAGAAAGGGCCAAUAUACAUUCAAGGCAAGAGUCUUAGCGUGAUCCAACCAGUUCCAUACCAAACCGCAGCUGGGAACUUACGGAUUUUACUCAGAUCCUUUACUGGCAUUGACAGAAUCUGUAUCUCAGAGUCUUUGGAUGGCGGUGAGAACUGGAGUUUUGCAGUACCAACGGUUCUCCCAAACCCAAAUUCAGGUAUUGAUGGAGUCAAGCUUAAGGAUGGUAGGCUAGUGCUUGCUUACAACACAGACUCAAGAGGUGUGCUCAAAUUAGGAGUUUCUUUAGACGACGGUGAUUCAUGGACCGAUAUUUUAACGUUGGAGGAAUCUCCGGGAAUGGAGUAUUCGUACCCGGCUGUUAUACAAGCCGGAGACGGCAAUGUCCACGUCACCUAUACAUAUAACAGGACACAAAUUAAGCAUGUGGUGCUCAAGACUGCGACAGAUAUCGAUUCGAAGCCAUACCGACAUGGUGAAGCAGGAGGAGGACACGUGAACUUGGAUUUGUACGAACCAAACAUUAAUUAAUUAGCUAUUUGUCUCUUGAACCAUCGAUGUGGAGUGUGACUUCCUUCUUACGGAAGAACAAAGAAUGUUCUCUUUCUUGUCUUGUAAGUUAUUGAUUGAUCGAUUCUUGAGUUUGUAAAAGUUGCCACUAGUUGAUGAAUAUUAUUGAGAUUGUUUAUAAUAUAUUUAUUGUAAUCAUAUAAGUUAGAGAUUUACUUUAUUUAUCAUACGUAUAUAUCGUGGAUUUGUUGGCGGAAAAAGAUUCUAUCAUUAAUGGAUUUAUGUAAGACUUGUAUUUAAAUAAUUG